AUGGAAACCCCUCCCCCUUCCCCUCAAGGCUCUCCUCUCCAAGUUACUCCCCUCUCCAUUCAAGCUCCAAAUCCUGACUGCCCUCCACUACAAACCUCUCCUUCUCCCACUCAACCAUCCACUUACAAAAGGAAAAUUCAGUCCAAGAAAACCCGCCCCAUUGCAUCUGCACCCCCUCCCACAAAGCGAAAAGAAUCGCCCGCCACUCCUACUUUCAAGCCUCCACCCAAAAGCCCUAGAACUGCGACUUCCAAACAAAAAGGGUCUAGUGCUUUUGCCUCUCACCUGCAAGCCAAGUUGCCCCCCUCAAGCAAGAAGACACCUUCUGUGGCAACUUCAAAGGUAACUAAAUUGCCUUGGCCCCUUAUUGAUGCUCCAUAUAAAGCCACUUUUAAGCACUUAAAGGACAGGAAAGUGCAACUCACUAGGUACAUUUCUGAAGAUGCCCUCAAAUCUGUUGGUCUAUUUGAUAGUGUUGUUGCUUAUCUUGAUGGUCUAGAUUGGAUGGAUUUUGAGCAUAAAUAG